AUGUCCUCCAACAGCUGGCGGUAUGAGGAGCCAGAGACGGACGAAGAUGCAGAACCUGAACCUGAAGUUGAUCUCACCAAUCUCCGUGCCAAAGUCGCUGCUCUGGAUGUGAAUACCAACCUACCUGGGCAUACUUCCGACAAUGAAGACGACGAAGAUGGAGAUGAGCUUGCUUGGGCAGGACAACCCACUACCAAAAAGCAGCUCAAGGUACUGGAUUCGGUGGAUUGGGACGAGAUGAAGCAAGAAAAGGAGUCAGCCGAUGCAGCGCGAGCUUUAAAAGAGCGGUUUGAACGACAACUAAAGGGCCCUCCCAAUGCAGCGACGUGGCGACGAGUGCAAGGCACACAAGUUUCUAUGCGACAACGUGCACCCAAACAGACAAUGGCCAAUACGGAGAAACCUUCAGUUCGUAUGGCAGAUAAAGUGCAUGGCUCCAAUGGUACAUCACAAACUGUUCGAUUUGUUCCUCGCGCCACGCCUACAGCUACAGGAUCGGCCGCCUUGGACAUAGACGAUUUCUUGGAGUCUAUUGAUGCGGCGGACUCGAAUGAAUUCCAAGUAUCUACCACUACAGACUCUACAGGUGCCCCUGCUACAUCGAACAAUAACAUGCAAGACUUUUUGGAUGAAAUGCUUGGGUCAUAA